AUGGAGAACAUAAUGACUCAGUUCCCAAAUAUUUAUCCAACAACGGGGGGUGAUUCUACAGAAACGGAAGCAGCAUGGAGUUGCACUACUGAAGAGCAGCCAAAUAUCUCAUUGGAGACACUGGUACUUUCGUGGGCGGCGCUUCUCCAUGCUUAUACAGGCGAUGAGCAGCCCGUAUUCGUGCUGAAUCAGCGCACAGUCAGGGCGAAUAUAAGUCAAAGGAAUUUUGCUCCCAUUCCGUUAGAUCAGACAGGGCAAAUCGAAGACACUUCAUACACAGCCCUAACUAUCACCGGGCAAGAUGUUGACUGUCCCUUGAAGGAAGACGGAGGCCAUGCGACUGGCAAGUGUUCACUAUCUAUUGACAUUGACCUCACGACAGCAGGUACUGGUGUUUUGCGAUCACAGAUUGGCAUUUUACCGGAUCAUUUGCAACAGAUCGGAUUGCAGUUUACCAGUUGCCUGGAGAAGUAUACUGGACUUGCGGUCGUAUCAAACAUGAGCCCUAGUCCAGAGCUGAGGUUGUCCAUCGCCAACCCAGAACCACACGAGUUACCGGGUUCUUCAUUUCUGCAUCGAUUGGCUUUUCACCACGGGCAUCGAAGCUCUUUAGCGUUAGAAUUCCUGAACGCUGAUCAUUCCGUUCAGUCUCUAUCCUUCCAUGAGCUGGACAGCCUUUCAACCCAGUUGGCGCGAAGGCUAGCUCGGACGUUUGACUCUUCGCGCCCAAAUCCAAUAGGUCGAAUUGUUCCCGUGCUUCUCCCCCAGUCAGUGGAACUAUAUAUUGCAUGGCUGGCUGUUCUAAAAGCCGAUGCAGCAUUUUGUCCGUUGAGCACUGAUGCUCCUGAAGAUCGAAUCCGGUUUAUCCUGAAAGAUGUCUCGGCAGCUGUGGUGGUCACGCACAGCACAUUUCAAGACAAAGUCCCUAAUGCAACAGAUAUUCCACUUGUCUUGGUAGAUAAAGUUGAUCUACAACCUACUCCACAUGUCUUGCAAGAGCCCAAUCCCUCUCCUGAAGAUGUCGCCUAUGUCAUGUACACCUCUGGAUCAACGGGCAGACCAAAGGGUGUGGCCAUAUCGCACCGAGCAGUUACGCAGUCACUCUUAGCACAUAAUUUACUAAUUCCACCUUUCAAGAGGUUUCUCCAAUUUGCCUCACCGACGUUUGAUGUAUCGGUUUUCGAAGUUUUCUUCCCCUGGUUCAGAGGCGCCACGCUCAUUGGAUCAGAGAGAAGCAACAUGCUUUUCGACCUACCUCAAAUUAUUGAUCAAAUGCAUGUCGAUGCUGCUGAGCUGACACCGACUGUGGCCGGAGAGCUUUUACGCAGUCGCCAGAGCGUGCCAUCUCUCAAAAUUCUGCUUACGAUAGGUGAAAUGCUAACUAAACGGGUAGUGGAAGAAUUUGGCACCUCGACAAUGCAGGAUGGUAUACUUCAUGGAAUGUAUGGUCCGACCGAGGCUACAAUCCACUGUACUGCUGCACCAAACUUUCACUCAGAAUCGAGAGUCAACCUUAUCGGCCGUCCUCUUGGAACUGUGUCUGCUUUUGUGGUAUCAUUGGAGGACUCACCACAAAAUCUAUCAGAGCCUCUAAUAUUGCCUAUAGGUCAGAUUGGAGAGUUGGCUGUAGGUGGGCCACAACUAGCAAUUGGUUAUAUCAACCGUCCUACAGAGAACUCCAAGGCCUUCAUAUGCAGCAAGAGAUAUGGCCGGUUGUAUCGAACUGGAGACAAAGCACGGUUACUACCAAAUGGAGAAAUUGAAUGCUUCGGGCGAGUGUCUACAGGACAGAUAAAACUACGAGGUCAGCGCGUUGAACUGGGAGAAAUUGAAAAUGUUAUUUCCAUGACUUCAGGGAUACGGAGUACCGUCGUAGGAGUUGUCAAUGGAAUAUUGAUUGCAUGGAUCAUUGCCAAUGAUGGUGCGGACCUUCAACUUGGUGAUGUGAUGCACUUUUGUCGAAGCAAAGUCCCUGCUUAUAUGGUCCCUGGUGACUUUCUGGUUGUUGAUGAAUUCCCACGUCUCGAAUCUGGAAAGGUAGAUAGGAAGGCUCUGGAAGCAGAAUAUCUCGCCCGACAAAAAGAGACAUUUGUGGAGAAAAGCAGGUCUUUUCGAGAUCAAUUAGAGGAGAAAAUUGCCCAAAUCGUCCAGAGCGUGGUCAGUACGUCAAAUGAUAGUCUUUCAGCUGCAGGGCUGGACUCCCUAAAAGGCAUCAAAUUAGCUGCUAAGUUACGAGAGGUUGGUAUAAAUCUGGACGUUGGUAAACUUAUUUCUGCUGACUCUGUGAGCGAUAUCUGGGACCUCGCUCAGACUGUUCGACAAUCACCAGAUUCAAUUCUUCCGGCAAUUAACAGCACAUUGCAAUCUGUUGUGGAAGCAGGAUUUUCUGUGCUCGAAUCAGAGGGGCUGGCGUCUCGAGCCGAGAGUGUGGAAUUGUGUAGCGAAGUUCAAGUGGCUAUGCUUUCAGAAUCACUUCGAGACAGUAGAGCCUAUUGCAACUGGAUUGAAUUGAAGUUUACAGAGAGCCUUGAGCUGUACAAAAUAAAAGCUGCCUUCAAUAAGCUUAUAGAACACAAUGGCAUGUUGCGAUCUGCUUUCUUAUUACUUGAUAUACCUGACCAUCCUUUCUGUCAAGUUGUUUGGAAUAGGGGUAUUUUGACGGAUUCUUUUCAAGACACAACAUGCUUUGACUAUGAAUGGGGCAUGGGUCAUGACUCCAGCCUUAUUGCUCCAUUUAAGGUCCAAUUCAUUCAGGAAGAAUCAUCCGUUCGAGCUUUACUUCAUCUCCAUCAUGCAAUCUAUGAUGGCUGGUCAUGGGAACUCCUGCUUGACGACCUUCAGGCAUCCCUUUCUCAAAAGCCCUUGAUUCGCCGCACGCCGUACUCCGCAAUAGUGAAGCAUUCAAUGACAACAGCUUCGUCAGAUGCAGCUUCAAAAUCAAGAUCGCACUGGGCGUCUUACUUGCAGAACGCAACUCCAGUAAACUUCCCGAACUUUCACGGUCGACACGGCGUAACAAGGAGAAGUAAAAGGCUUAGCCAGAGUCUGAGGAUUUCCUUGACAGAUCUUGAAAUUCAGGCCCGGUCAAUGUCAAUCAGUCGACAAACAUUCUUUCAAUCUUCGCUUGCAUAUAUUCUUUCAUGCUAUCUUGACACGCAGGAAGUGAUAUUCGGCACUGUUUUCUCGGGUAGAACAGUGCCAGUUGAAGGAAUUGAGUCAAUAGUCGGACCAUGUCUUAAUGUCUUGCCGAAUAGGGUCAAUCUCUCAUGGGUUCGGACAGUCGCCGACCUGUUAUUUGUUGUUCAAAGAGACAACCGAAAAGCUCUAGAGUACGGAGACUUGUCACUUCGUGAAAUCAAGAAAGCCGCCGCGAUAGAGAGUAGCAGCAGGCUGUUUGACUGCAUACUUGUUUGGCAGGAAACCAUUAGAGAAUCUUCCAGCUCAUGGACCUUCUUCGAACAAGUCGCGGCUGCAGACUAUCUGGAAUUUCCAUUGACCAUUGAACUAGAGCCAACAAAUGGGGGUAUCAAAGCUGCUGCCAUUUUUGACGAAUCCAUCUUCCCUGAAGCUCAAGUACAUCUUCUACUAGAACAGAUCGAGGCAAUUGUUGAUAUCUUCGUUCGCUCUCCGAAAGCAUUACUCAGCUCAGUCAAUACACAACUUCCUUCCUCUGUGUUGUCGAUUGAGAAUAACGACUUUGUGUAUCUAGACAACCUUCCACAUUUGGCAUAUCAUGUCGAGCAAACUGCAGCAGAUGAACCCACACGAAAAGCCAUUGAAUUUGUUUAUAGCUUUGACCCAGGCACUGGCUCUAUUAUGAUGAACUCUCUGUGUUAUGGUGAACUUAAUUCUCAAAGCAAUCGUCUUGCCCAUUGUCUCCUCAGCAGUGGCAUCUCAAGCGGGGAUCUUGUUGCCAUCAUAUUGGACAAAUCUAUUGAACUGUAUGUGGCGAUAUUAGCAGUCAUAAAGCUCGGUGCAGGUUACGUACCCCUAACGCCAGUGACUCCUAUCGAAAGACUCCGCGCUAUCCUGAACGAGACGGCACCCAAGACUUGCAUUAUCGAUACAGGUCUUCGUGCGGAGCUGCAAUCCUUGGACUGGCUCUCAGCUCUAGACUUGGACAGCGUUGACAUGAAGCAGUACUCCGAAGACAACAUUACUAUCUCUCACCACGGAUCUGAUACCUCAUAUGUAGUUUAUACAUCGGGAAGCACAGGGAAACCCAAAGGAGUUGUCAUAACUCACCACAACCUUCAGAGCAAUAUUGCAACGCUUGCUGAGAUCUACCCUACCGGCCCAGAUUCGAAGAUUUUGCAAGCUUGCUCACAAGCUUUUGAUGUGUCGGUUUUCGAGAUUUUCUUCGCAUGGAAUACUGGGAUGACUCUUUGCUCAGCGACGAAUGAUAUAAUGUUCCGUGACAUUGAGGCUAUCAUCAAGAAUAUGCACAUUACGCAUCUGAGUCUCACCCCGACUGUGGCUGCCUUGAUACGCCCUGAGAAUGUACCAGAAGUCCGGUUCCUAGUUACAGCUGGUGAAGGAUUGACGGCAAAAGUCCACUGUGAGUGGGCAGAUAAAGGAUUAUACCAAGGCUACGGUCCAUGCGAGACUACCAACAUUUGCACCGUUAAACCCAAAGUCUCACAGCUUGAUGACCUGAGGAAUAUAGGCAAACCAAUUAAAAAUACCUCUGCCUUCGUCAUCUCCGAUGACCCCGUUUUCACUCUUUUACCCAGGGGGAGUGUUGGUGAAUUCUGUUUUGGCGGCGACCAAGUCGGCCAAGGAUAUAUCAAGCAAGCCGACUUGACAAAGGAGAAGUUCAUCGAACAUCCAACAUUCGGCCGAUUGUAUCGAUCCGGAGAUUUUGGACGACUGUUGGCGGAUGGGUCGUUGAUGUUCACGGGUCGUCGAGAUGAUCAAGUCAAACUGCGCGGCCAGCGGAUUGAAUUGGGAGAAGUUAACAGUACAAUCUUGCGUAAUAUCCAGAUUCAGGAUUGCACAUCAAUAAUAGUUGGCGAUAGGGAUGAAGGUCAACGGCAACAGAUUGUAUCAUUCUUCGUCCCACGGCGUCUAUCUUCGAGUGAAGGUGAGGGUGAUGAUCAGCAAGCCAGGUUGAUAGACGCUAUUUUUGAAGAUUUGUCCACCAAGUUACCACCUUAUAUGAUCCCAUCUGCCUUGAUUCCCGUGGAAAUGAUCCCAAUGACAACGGUGAAGAAGAUAGAUAUCAAACAACUUACAGAAAGGUUUUACGCAUUGACUGCAGAUAAUCUUCAGAGUUACUCGCAUGAACGAUUGCCCGUUACAGACAUUCUGAGUCGUACUGAACAGGAAAUUGCCCAGAUUAUCUCUCAGGCAACCAAUACACCUUUGAAACAGAUUAAAGUCAAUACUUCCUUGUUUAGCAUUGGCCUUGACUCAAUAUCUGCCAUAUACGUGGCAAAGAAGCUCAGAAAUUCUGGAUUCGGUCAGGUAGAUGUCUCACUAAUUUUACGCCACAGUUCUGUUGGAGAGCUUUCGAAGAUGCUAGCUAGGACAACAGAUGACAAAAUCCAACCAAUUAUAGCUAAAUCUGCCACAAAAAGCAAUGGCAUAGAUGGUUUGGCGAGUAAGGUCAUUCAAGAGAUCAAAGACGACUUUGAAGCGGCCGGUCAUAGAGUUCAACUGGUCAUUCCAUGUACUGCUCUACAAGAAGCAAUGCUCUCUCGAACAGUUUCUCAUGGCAAAAAUGCUUAUUGGAAUCAUAUCUUGUUUGAGUUCUACGGAGAUAUCGAAAAGCUUCGUGGGGCCUGGCAGCAAAUGGUUGAAAGACAUGAUAUACUACGCACCUGUUUCGUUGCUACCAAGGACGCAAAGUUCUCAUUCGCACAAAUCACUCUUGAAGAAAUCUCAUUGCCCUUCUCAGCACUGGAAACGACAGACGUGGAUCUUGAAAUCAGCAAGCAAAAAUCACAUUUUGCACAACGCGAAAACGAGGAACAUAAGGUUCCAUAUGGUUUAACCAUCAUUACUGAAGCUGGAACAGGACAAAAGAUGCUGCUCUUCUCUAUCCACCAUGCGAUACAUGAUGGUGAAGCGAUGUCCCUAUUGUUCAAAGAGAUUGAAAAUGUCUAUGAAGGGAAAGAAUUAUUACCUGCAACCCAGUUUCACCAGUUUGUCGAUCAUAUCACUGCAUACCAAGGUCAUUACGACGAGUCAUUUUGGUCUAGCUACUUGAGUGGCAUGACUCGUUCCUGUUUAUGCGCUCAGGGAGCAACAUCUAAGAGUGAUGAAGCCUCUCAGAUAGAGACUACUCGACAGGGACUCGAAAUAUCCUUUGCAGAUUUCGAGACAAGUUGCAGUGGUUUAUCUGCAACACCGUUGAGCGUCUUUCAAGCCUCGUGGGCACAGGUUUUGUCAACUUAUCUGCUAUCUUCAGAUGUCUGUUUUGGCACUGUCAUUAGUGGCAGAACAACACUCUUGGAUGGUGUAGAAAAUAUCAUCGGACCCUGCUUCAACGUGCUCCCUAUUCGUUUGAAAGUGUCCCCAACAACACUAAACACUGAUGUCGUCAAAAUUGCACAAGAAGCCAAUGCGGACAUACUGGCUUAUCAGCAUACAUCUCUCAGACAUAUACAAAAGAAGUUUUCGAAGAAUGGCAGAUCUCUAUUUGAUUCUAUCGUCUUGUUUCAGCGUCCUGCUGCUGAAUUAGACUGUCGACUAUGGAAAUUGAUGUCAGAAGAAGGUGAAAUGGAUUUCCCUGUAAUCCUUGAGAUUGUGCCAUCUACAGCGCUUAACAACAUAUCCAUUCUCCUCCACACUGAUUCUUCUCGGGUGUCGCACGAAGAUGCCCAAGCUAUCAUGAAAGAUUUCGUUGAUACUGUGGUCCAUACAAUAAAAUAUCCACUGGCUAGAAUGCCUGACGGUAAAAGGAAAGAUAAUUUACCCUCGAUUGCGUGGAUAGCCAGAGAAUAUAUGGCUAAAGACUCGAUUCACACAGAAGCUUCAUCGACUUUGACAAAUGGACACGCGAAUCUCACCGACGAAGAGAAUCUAGUCAGAGAUGUCAUGUCUGAAUUGUCAAAAUACGAGUCGCAGGCUAUCAGAUAUGACACGACCAUAUUUCAGCUAGGACUUGACAGUAUCAAUGCUGUGCAGAUUUCGAGGAUGCUAAAAGAUAAGGGGUAUGCAGUGUCAGCUGCGGAUAUUCUCGAGAGGCCAAGUAUGGGUCAGAUUGCAGAAUUGCUCAAAGAACCGAGCAGCGAAACGUCAUUAAAGUCGUUCCAAUUCGAAUCAUUCCAGUCAGAACACAAAGAAUGUGUUUUGAAGAGUCUAGGUCUUGAGGGCCCAGAAGUUGAAUCGAUACGCCCCUGCAGCCCAGCACAAUUAGGCAUGCUGGCUGACUUUAUCAAAUCGAACGGAGACCUUUACUGCAACCGUCUGCUGCUCAAGGUCAAGGAGGAUGUAGAUAUUUCUCGCUUGCAAGAUGCUUGGUCAAAUGCUAUGGCUCGUCAUGAAAUGUUAAGAACUGGUUUUAUUCGGCUCAAAGACCCUAAGCUUCCAUUUGCGAUGGUAACAUACACCGCGAACUAUGUCACCCUUCCGUGGUUUGAAACCAGCACGACACCAUCGGAAGAGGAAUAUCACAGCCAAAGAAGGACAUUUUUUGAGAAUCUUCAUCUGCCCCAGUGGCGGGUUGCGUUGAGCCAUUCACCAGCGAAUAUCGAGGUUGAGUUGACGACUAUGCAUGCUAUUUACGAUGCCCAGUCUUUGGAGUUGAUACUCUCUGAUGUUGCCCAUUUGUAUGAGGGCUCCCAUUUGUCGCCGCCGGUACCUAUCAACCCUAUACUAGGCCAUAUUCUCACAGCUGCAUCCUCAAUUAGCUCUGAUGCUGAGUCAUUCUGGAGUACAGUCGGCUCGGAGUAUCAAAUCACCAAAUUUCCGAACUUGACCCCUUUCAAUGUUCGAAAUCGUGAGCUGAUGACGAGCAGUCAACUAGCAUCAAAGUCACUUACGAUAAUCAACCAAAAAUGCAAAGCACUCGGUGUGUCUUUACAAGCAGUAGGACAAGCGGCAUAUGCCAGGCUAUUGGCGAACUAUACCGGUGAGACCAACGUCUCGUUUGGAGUGGUUCUUUCUGGUCGUGAUGUUCAUGAUACUGCCGGAGAGGCCGUUUUCCCGUGCUUGGUUACAGUACCUUUCCAAUGUCGUGUUCAACGGAGUAACAAAGAGCUCAUCUCAACGAUCAUGAAAACGAACGCUCUGCUACUAAAGCAUCAGUUCACGCCACUGUCGAAAAUCCAAAGAUUGUUCCAACAGGAGGGCCCUCUCAUCGACACGUUGUUUGUGUAUCAGAAACUAUCCCAUAAAGAAGCAGAAGCGCAGUUUUGGGCCACCAUUGAUGAUCAUGGCAGAGUUGAUUAUCCUCUAUCUGUAGAAAUAAUCCCAGAAGGCGAUAGAUUAGUACUACGCCUGGCCUACAGAAAUGAUGUUAUCCCUCCUUCACAGGCUGAUCUUAUCCUCACACAAUUGGACCAACUCCUUGUGGACAGUCUUUUCGCUGAAGAUUCAGACUGUGCGCGAGUACCUGAUGUUCAACCUGAAUUGCUCUCAGUCACGGCUGUUAAAGAUCCUUAUAUUCCGUCUCCAGUUUCUUUAUUACACGAAUACGUCGAGAAGACAGCCUUGGAGACACCGCAUAAGAUCGCUCUCGAGUUUGCUUCGAGCGUCACUUCCCAAGACAUCAAAAAGCAAUCAUGGACAUACCGCGACCUCAAUCAAAUGGGCAAUAAGGUUGCAAGACUACUGCAAUCAAGUAAGUCUAGCGAAGGCGGCCUUAUUGGAAUUUGUUUCGAUAAAUGCCCCCAAGCCUAUUUCUCUAUUCUUGGGAUACUGAAAAGUGGUCAUGCAUAUGUUGCCCUUGAUCCCACCGCACCACUUGCCAGAAAGCAAUUCAUAAUUGAUGACUCGAAGGCUAGUGUUGUAUUAUGUGCUUCGGACAGGUAUGAUGAAUUACGGCAUUUAACCGGAACCGAGGUGGUUUCAAUGGACACAUCCGGUUUACUGGACAACAUCUCAUCAGAUCCCCCAAUUCUUUCCAAAGCGAUUGACCCCCAGGACACAUGCUAUUGCUUGUAUACAUCAGGAACAACUGGAACUCCCAAAGGAUGUGAGAUUACACAUGAGAAUGCGGUACAAGCGAUGCAAGCAUUUACACGACUAUUCAGCCCAAAUUGGAACGAAGACUCUAGAUGGCUACAAUUUGCCUCUUUCCACUUUGAUGUUAGUGUUCUCGAGCAAUACUGGAGCUGGAGCGUGGGAAUCUGCGUCACAUCUUGUCCUCGUGAUGUCUUGUUCCAGGACCUGUCUGGUACUAUUGACCGUCUUCAAAUCACACAUAUAGACUUAACACCAAGUCUUGCUAAGUUGGUCACACCCCAGGAAGUCCCAUCUCUGUGUAGAGGAGUGUUUAUUACAGGCGGAGAAGCCCUCAAACAGGAGAUUCUUGACGCAUGGGGAAAGCACAGGGUUAUCUAUAACGGCUAUGGACCGACAGAGGUCACCAUCGGCUGCACUAUGCUUCCAAGAAUGGAUGAGAAUAGCAGAUCAUCUAAUAUUGGCCCUCAGUUUGAUAAUGUGGGCUCAUAUGUCUUUCAGCCAGGUACAAAUAUCCCAGUACUACGAGGAUGUAUGGGAGAAUUGUGUGUGUCUGGUCCUUUAGUUGGUCGAGGCUACCUCAACCGCCCAGAGUUGACUCAGGAAAGGUUCCAAUAUCUGGAUGGUCCCCAACGAGAACGGUUCUAUCGUACUGGUGAUCUCGUCAGGAUAUUACACGACGGCAGUUUUCAGUUCAACGGCCGAAUUGAUGAUCAAGUGAAGCUUCGAGGACAACGACUUGAGCUUGGAGAGAUUAACUCCGUGAUUCAAGAAGCUUCUGAUGUAUCAGAGGUGACAACACUAGUAACUAAACAUCCGAGUCAGCAAAAGGAACAGCUUAUAGCAUUUGUCUCAAGGAAAAGGAGCCGGGAUAGAUCAGCCAGUGCGCUGGAGAUUAUCAGGGACGAGGGUGUCACGGAGUUCCUCUCGUGUAUCAAAAAUGCAGUUGAAAAGAGGCUUCCUGGUUAUAUGGUCCCAACUCAUAUCAUUCCGAUUGUAUCCUUGCCAUUGACUCCAAACAACAAAGUCGACGCAAAAGCCCUGAAGAAGUUGUUCUCGGAGCUGUCUCCAGAACAGCUGCAGAACUUGAGUUUACUAUCAAGCGAAAAGAGGUCAAUAGAUGAGAAGGAAGUUCAGGAUGUUAUACGGGUUCUUGCUGAAUAUGCCAAAGCCAAGCCAGCUGAACUUUUGCCCAGCACAAGCAUAUAUGAUGUGGGCCUCGACUCGAUUUCUGUCAUCGGACUCGCUCAACAUUUCAGAGAUGCGGGAUAUCAGAAUGCACAAGUUUCGACAAUCAUGAGGAGUCCCACAGUUGUGGGAAUUGCGACUUCCUUAGGUGAGGACUUAUUAAAGACCUUGUCAGUGGAUGGUCAUAUUGAGGACAGUAAACAAAAACUCAAAGCUUUUGUUCAUGAAAAUAUACUCACUACUGCAGAAAAGGUCGGCAGGACCCCUGAAGACAUUGAGGCCAUGGCACCCUGUACGCCGCUACAAGAAGGGAUGAUAGCACGAUUUCUGGAAAGCUCGCGAGAUCUGUACUGUUCUUCGUUCCGAUUCGAACUCAAACCAGAAACCGACAUUGAGAGAUUACGGAAAGCAUGGUCUGAAACCCAAGCGAGCAUUGAUUUGCUUCGGCUUCGCAUGGCUGCGCUAGCAGAUGGAUAUGCUCAGGUUGUGUUGAAACAUGACAAGCUUCCUUGGAAUGAAAUAACUGUCGCAAAUGACCAAGAAAUUGAUGCCGUUGCUGACCAUGAGUGUCAAACAUGGUGCAAUAUCCUGAAAGAUUUUAACAAUACUCUAUGGCGCUUGGUAAUUGUCAAGUCUUCCAGCCGUAGCCUACUGUGCCUGAAUAUUUUCCACGCCUUAUACGAUGGGAAUAGUCUCCCGCUAUUGCUGGAACAGGUUUCUUUGAGGUAUCGUGGACAAGAAGUACAAGAUAGCGCACCCUCCUUCAUGGAGAUCCUACCUUACGGACCGUUACGAGUAGCCUCGAGGGCAAGAGGGUUCUGGGAGGGACAUUUGGCCAAUACUCCAGAAUAUCGAAUGUUCCCAAUAGUCGAAGAUACUGUGUCCGAAACGAUUUCUUUGACUCAUGAUCUCCAAGUGUUUGACCUUGAAGAAAUCAAAACUGCUUUACAAGUGACCGAAAAUGCCAUAUUCCACGCAUGCUGGCUUCUUACGCUACACGAACACUUUUCACACAAUCCAUCUUUGGGAAUCGUGGUUUCCGGAAGGGCACUCGAUGUUCCUGGUGUAGAGUCUGUUGUUGGACCGCUUUUCAACACUAUACCAAGCUACAUACCCUUGCACCAUCUGAAGACAAAAGCUGACUUGAUAACAUCCUGCCAUCACUAUCAUGUAUCGGCACUUCCAUUCCAACACACACCUCUUCGGGACAUUAACAAGUGGACAAGACGAGGAAUGAGAAACCCUUUAUUUGAGAUACUGUUUGUAUUCCAGAAAGAAUAUGGUAACUCGUCUCUGGCUCCGUCAGAAAAUAUCUGGACAGAAGCUGACUCAGGUGUGGCAAACGCGGACUUCCCUCUCUCUCUGGAAGUCAGGCAGACUAAUGGCCCUGUGAUUGUUACUUUGGCAUCGCAAAGUAAUGCUGUACCGGAGGAUACGGCAAAAGCACUUUUGUCCACUUUCAAGGCUCGAUGCAAGGAUAUUAGAAACGAUUACAAAUCCGCUCUUCCUAGGACAACUAUAUCUCUGAGCGAAGUCGAAUCACACGAAGAAAGCUCUCUUCAAGAAAAAAGUGCAGAAUUCGAGGAUAGCAUCAUAAAGUUCGAUUGGACUCCGGUCACCAUUGCAGUCCGUGAUGUUGUUGCAGAUCUUGCCGGAGUGGAUGUUGCCACAAUCAACCCAACAACAUCGAUAUUCGAACUCGGUCUAGAUAGCAUUGACGCUAUAAAGCUAUCUUCAAGACUAAAAAGUCAUGGGUUUGAACUAUCCGUCAGUUCAAUCAUGAAACUGCAAACUAUUUCCAAGAUGUCAGAGACCUUGUUCACGCCAUCGACGUCUUCAGUAGUCAGUCCUCGGGUUUCUCUUACUCGAGCCCAAGAAUUAAUGUCGAAAAGUCUGGAAAAAGCAAACAAACUACCAGUCAAUGCAGUCAAAGUCUUGCCUCUGACAGCACUUCAGGAGUCCAUGGUUGCUGAGAUGAUAGCUUCUGAUUAUCAGCAUUAUUACGGAGUUGAAGCUUUUGAGGUCACAGAAGGAACAGACUUUUUGAAGCUUCUUACAGCUUGGAAAGCUGUCAUAGAUAUUCAUGAUAUACUGCGCAUGUCGUUCGUCGAGAUCGAAGAUCCAGACGUCUCCAGUUCCUAUGCUCAAAUCCUGCACGCAUCAAAUGACCAGGAAGCAAUUCCAGUGGUUGACUUGGAAGAGCGUUCAGUGGACGAUUUUGUCCAAUCAUCAAUCUAUAGUGGUACUCGUUCAGAGUUUGCUAUUUAUGGAAUCCGAAAAGGUGCUAAGCGAUAUAUUGUUCUCGCUAUGGCGCAUGCACUUUAUGAUGGUUGGUCGCUUGACCUUUUGCAUUCUGAUGUCGAAAGAUCAUACUAUGGAGAGAACAUCACUCGACCGUCAUAUGAGCCAAUUCUAGAGUCAAUUCUCAACGAGGUAGGAGACAAAAAUAGACAAUUCUGGUCUGCAACACUGAAAGACUUUAAACCCCGAAAAUUCCCAAUCGGCAAAUACCCAGGUGGUGACCAAUCCACAGUGCAUCGGACAGAGCUAUCAUUUGAUGUACCUAGCGACAAAAUAACAAAAUUCUGUCGAUACAACGGAUUAACAGUGCAAGCAUUGGCUGUCAUGACAUGGACUAUUGUUCUGGCCAACUUUGUCGAGGCCCUUGAUGUAGGCUUCGGACUUGUUCUUUCCGGCCGAAGCCACACAGACGCAGAUGAAGUCAUGUUUCCUACAAUGAACACUAUUGUCUUCCGAUCUAUACUUCACGGUACUCGAUUGGAGAUGUUGAAAUAUACGCAGAGCUCUCUGAAUGCGUUAAUCGAGCAUCAGCACUAUCCUCUUCGCAAACUUAGUGGUGAAAUAGCGGCCGGUAGUUUGUUUGACACUCUGUUUAUCUAUCAGAAACGACCGUCGUCGUUGUGGUCGAAAAAACCUCUGUAUCAAUCUAUCAGCGGCACAGCAGACACAGGAUAUCCACUAUCAGUCGAAAUGGAGCUUAUGGACGAAAACAUGAUUUGCCGACUUGCAGCCCGUGAUGAUCUUUUUGGCAUGAAGGAUGCAACCGAUAUUCUUGAUCGUGUAGCUCACGUUUUUCAUUUGAUAAUAUCUGAGCCACACCAAGCAACAGUUGAGUUUGGGAACGCUGGAAUGAGCAUUUGUGGAGGCACGCCUUUCAGAGACAGUUUAGAUGAGUCUGAAGUGACUUCAGGACGUAAAGAAUACUUUGCAACCCAAGACAACUCACAACCAUGGUCUGAUACGGAGCUGAAAAUCAGACAAGUUCUCUCGACUGUGUCAGGGGUACCGCAAGAUGUCAUCAGUAACGACAGCACGUUAUUCCAUCUAGGGUUGGAUAGCAUCAGCGCAAUCAAGGUGUGCUCAUUGCUAAGAAAACAGUCUGUCAACUUGCCUGUGAGUGCAAUGCUCAAAGCAGGAUCCAUUGCGAGUAUGGCGACAGUCGCAAUGUCGGAGAACCAAGGCCCUCCGCAAGAAAUAUUUAGUGAAGAUAUAACUUCUACACUUGAGCGAUUACUGGUUGAUGUUGACAUUGAGAAGCUUUUGUCAAAGAACAAAACCUCUGUAGAUGACACUGAACGCAUACUCCCAGUUACUGCAGGACAAAUGUAUUGUCUUGAAAGGAACGCACAAGACCCGCGACAAUUCUACGCCAACUUCUACUACAAGGUUGAAGGAGUCUCAAAAUCUCAACUGAGUCAGGCAUGGGAGAAUUCCGUGAAACAACUCCCUACCCUACGCACAAUAUUCAUUGAUACUGGUGUCAGAGAGAAACCUUGGUUGCAGGUGGUUCUAAAGCAUAUAGAAAACCCGGUUCAGUGGUAUGAAACAAUCCAGGAUCUAGAAUUUCAUUAUCUGCAUUCCCGAUCUAUCACUACAGGACCGGUCUCUUUGCACGCGGUACAAAGUGAACAAGGGGUAGUAGUCAACCUGCAUAUCCACCAUGCGCUUUAUGAUGCAGUCAGUCUUCCCAUGCUGAUUAAUUAUCUUGGUAAAUUCUGCAGGGAAGUGGAAACUCAGGUGAAUGAUGGUACGGAGUUUGCCAAGUUUAUAGCAUACCAGAAUAUAUCUUCGCCGUUGGAAUUGCGGGAGAAGUUCUGGAAGACAUACCUUGCUUCAACACGGCCACGGCUUUUGCCGAAGGUUGAGCAAGGUUCGCUGAAGGACAAUAGAAUUGGAGUCUACCAGCCAGGCUUGAUUAAGAAUAUUGAGGUUAUAGAAGGUGCUGUACGACGACAUGGUCUCAGCCUUCAGUCAUUGUUCAUGGCAGUAUAUGCAAAUAUACAUUUUGGACUCCUAUUGGAAGCACCCAGGACACACGGCACGAAUCGUGAUGAAAGUGCAGAGACAAACGAUUGCGUGGUGGGUGUGUACCUGGCAAAUAGGGGCUUUCCUCUUGAAGGUCUACAAGAAAUGAUCUCGCCAACUCUGAACAUGGUACCACUACGCAUCACUAAGUCCGCGCCAUCGCGGUCCUCCUCACGCUUGAUUGAAAGCGCUCAUCAAAUACAGAGAGAUCUACAUGAGAUCAGCCGUGUGGAACACUCGGGUGCAUCAUUACUCGAGAUCAAUGAUUGGACCGGUGUCCGUGUUGACACAUUUGUCAACUUCUUACUACUCCCAGAUUCAAUAUCUGACGAGAACGACGUAGACGCAAAUACCGCAACAACCAACAAUAUCCAGUUCACCCCCUUGCAACUCGAGGAUAUCACACAUGGCGACCAUCCAGCGCUAUAUGAUACACGUGGAGACCAUGAGCCAGAAACGUCUAGUCAGAUGGAAGUCAAUAUAGGAAAAGAAGAAGCCGGAAGGGAGACUGUUUACAUGGAUUGCAUAGAUAUUGAAGCCGCUGUUCGGGAUGGGAAACUUGAUGUCGGCAUUUUUGGGCCCGAGACACUGCUCAGUCAGUUACAGGCCGAGGAGAUUUUGAGUAGUCUACGAAGAGAGUUGGAAGAGUAUUGUAACAUUUGUGAGCAUGAAUGA